AUGUCCAGCCUAUCAGCGUCAAGCUUAUUUGGUUUGCUGGUUACCCCCCUGAUGGAAUGUGCCUACGUGUUUCAUCUCUUUCCGAUGCGGCAUGUAUCGAACAUGGAGCGCCAAGUAGUCGUGGCUUACAAUUAUGAUAACCCGACGUAUGAAGUCUAUAAACCCAAAGUUCAUGGCCAGUUCCCCGACAUCGAAGAUCAAUCUGAUAUUUUUGCGACGUCCCACACAUUCAGGGGUCCUGGAACAUAUGUCAAGGCGUACUGCUCCUUUUCCCUUUCAACAAUGGACAUAGUGGGAGAAAUAUUUCAGGGUCAAACUCCUGUGACCGACACAUCACACGUAAACUUUGGUGCAUAUGAAAGGCAAGAAAACGAAUGUCUGAAACACAUUAAAGGAUUGACGGCUAGAGAAGAUGAGACAGAGGGCUUAAAAAUAUCACGAAUUCGGAAGCACAAAGGUUGUUUAGAUCUCACGCUAGCUCGCCUCGCCUAUCGUGGCUUGAUAUCGAUCGAAGGCACGUAUUCUGGAUAUGCUCCUACGGGAAUAUCAGGGGUGACAAAGGUCGAUGCUGAUUGUCCUAUCGAUAUUGGGAGCGUUAUUUUCGCUAAACAAAUCUUCAAUUGGAAUAUCGGACGAAAAGGUACACAUGCAUUCGCUUGGUACAUGGGCCACCUACAUGUCUUUGAAUGGUUCAAUCAGGGUGACCAUUGGCGCCCAAUCACUGAUAUCAGUACGCCUCGGAAAAAUCAUCAUAUAAUUUUAACUACUUUUUUUGCGGAUCACAAGGUGACCCUGGAUUUCACGUGUCGCGAUAGGCGGGCCGCAUACUCAUAUGAAAAGAAAGGCAGCAACGGUAGAUGGGCAAGCUACGUGCGUUCGAGAAGCAGUGAUCCAAGAGAUGAUGUGGCGGAUUGUUUGACAAUCAGUGCGGUUGAUGCGUUGCGUAACUACGACUUUGGCUUGUUCCACUCACCCGUUCCAUUCAUAUAUCAUGGUGCGAUGGGCUAA